AUGAAUUUCUAGAAUUUAAAAGGAGAACUAGAAGUAUUUUACAAUAAUCAUGGAGUCUAAUUAGCAGGAAUCAAUUUUCCACCUAAAGUUGAAUUAUUAGAAUAAUUAAAAACUAAAUUAGAAAAUAAAAUAUAUGAUGCAGGAGAAUAUUUUAAGAUAAUUGAUGAUUAAGAAUAAGAAUCCUAUGUAUUAUAAUGUACAAAACCAUUGAAAGCAUUUGAAUAAGUGUUUUUGAUUGAUCAUGCUUUGAGUUUUAGAUACAGUGAAUUACAUACAGCAAUUAAAUAAGUUGAUAGAUUAAAGAAUAUACUUAAAUAUUGCAAUAAAAAAUAGCCAUUAUUUAAAAUAGAUAAGGUGUAUUAUCAUACUGAAGACUUUGAUGAAAUGGCAUUAGAAACAUUGAAAGAUGUUAAACCAAAAGUAGAUACAUUAGCAAUUAGUUUCUUUGGAAAUAAUAUUAAUUCAAUAGAUGAAGUUGUUAACUUUCUUAAUAAUAAUAAAUAAAUUAAAGCAAUAUGGUUAAAUGGCAAUCCAGUUGCAGAUAAUAAAGAUGAAUUACUAUUAUCUAUAGAAGAACAAUGUCCAUAAGUAGAAUUAGUUGAUUUAUCAUUUACAAAAAAUGCAACUGAAUGGGUUAUAAGAUAUGUUACAGCUGAUUUUGAUACUAAAAAGGCAAAUAGUUAAGAACCACUUAAUUAUUUAAAUCUAUCAGGUAGAAAUGUAUUGAAAUUAAAAUCUGUUAAGUAGAUUGCUAAUUGGUUUCCUAAUUUACGAGUUUUAGAUAUUCAAAAUACUAAAUUAAAUGAUUUAGAAGAUGUUAAUGCUUUUUUCAGUUUGCUUCCUAAUGUAGUAUAUUUGACAUGUGAUUUAGAAGUUGAAGAUGUAUUGUAUGAAUUACACAAAACUAAUAAAUUAAAUGCAAUUGCUCCAUAUUUAAGAUUAGUAAAUUAAAGAGAUAUUCGUUAUGAAUCAUAUACACCAGCUAAAGAAGAACACAAUGAUAUCUAAUUCAUUAAACAGAAUCUAUUUAAAUUAACAGGCAAUUACAGAUUAUUAACAAGUGAUUAAAUGGAUGAAUCUGCUGUAUGGUAUUUAAUGGAUGAAUUGGGAUCUAGUAUUUAACAUUCAGAUACACCUAAUGUAAAUGUAGUACCAUUUUUAUAUUUACCAAAUGGAAAAAUAGAUGAUGAUGCUGUUGCAUAUAGUAUUCUAUUUCCAAUUAAAGAUAUUCAUGAAUAACCUAUUUUUAGAGAUUAUUUACCAGGAGUUGAUGAAGCCAAAUUUCGUUCAUAUAGAUUGAAUGUUUGGUUUGAUAUUCCUUAUGACUUUAUUUUAAAUGGAUAUAAUGAAUACAAAAAGAAAUUACAUAAUUUAAAAAUUGUUGAACCUGAAUUAAUUGCUAAACCUAUUGAAUACUUACCUUUAGAAAAUAUAAAAGUCAUUACAGAUUUAGAAAUGGUUACUAAACAUCUUACAUUACCUUAUAUAUCUUUCACCUUAGAUUUAGAUGAAGCCAAUUUAGUAUUCUUUAGUGCUGGAGUUCAUGAUGAUCUUAAUUAAAAAUAUGCAGAUAAAUUUAUUAAUCAAUAUCCUCAUGAAUAUGCUAUCAUAUCUAAAGAAAAAUUAGCCAAUACAAUAUAAAGUACUUAUGGUGAAGUACCAUGGUUAUAAGAAACAUUUAAUUUAUAAACCUAAUUACCAUUAUUCAUGGGAGCAUAUAAAACAAGAGAACUUUAACAUCUUAACAAUUUAUGGAUUAUCAAACCUCCAAAUAUGGCUAGAUCAAUGGAUAUGGUUGUUACAAAUAAUUUAGAUGUUGUAUUAAGGUUAAUUGAAACAGGACCUAAACUAGCUUAAAAAUAUAUUGAAAGACCUCUAACAUUAAGAAAUAGAAAAUUUGAUUUAAGAUUUAUUGUUGCUUUAAAAUCUAUUGAACCUUUGAGUGUUUAUUUAUAUAAAACAUUUUGGAUCAGAAUAUCUAAUAAUCCAUAUACUGAAGAUGUUAAGUAAUUCAUUUAUAAUAUAUUAUAAGUACAUUAUCAAUCUAUGAAACACAUUUUACUGUUAUGAAUUAUGGUCAUAAAUUAACAUAAAUUUUUAUGCAUGAAUUUAUAGAGGAAUUCAAUAAAGAAUAUUAUCCACAUACAUGGGAAAAAUAAUAUGAAUCAAUUUAAUAUAUGGUUAGAUAAUUAUUUAUUGCUCUAAGAACUCAUCAACCAGAUAUGGCCAAUUAUACUAAAGUAUAAUAAUAAUUGAUUAUUAAAUUAGAAUAGAAGUGUUUAUGGAAUGGAUUUGAUGAUUGAUUCAAAUGGAUUUUAACCAAAAUUAUUAGAAAUGACAUUUUCUCCUGAUUGUAAUAGAGCAUGUAAAUACACUCCUACCUUUUAUAAUGAUUUAUUUGAAUGCUUAUUCUUUGGAGUAGAAAAUUAGAAUAUGAUUUAAAUAUUUAAUUGA